AUGCCCAAUGAACUGAGCCACACCAGCCAGGGCUUGGCUGCUUUUGAUGAGAAAGAAGAAGAGCUAACUGGUCCGGAAGUGUUGAUGCAGCGGUCCCAGCAGAAGUGCAUCGUCAUCUUCGCCCUGGUCUGCUGCUUCGCCAUCCUGGUCGCCUUGAUCUUCUCGGCCGUGGACAUCAUGGGGGAGGACGAGGACGGGCUCUCGGAAAAAAACUGCCAAAAUAAAUGUCGAGUCGCCCUGGUGGAAAACAUCCCUGCGGGCCUUAACUAUUCGGAAAACGCACCGUUUCACCUGUCACUCUACCAAGGCUGGAUGAACCUACUCACCAUGGCCCAGAAGUCGGUGGACAUCGUGUCUUCCCACUGGGAUCUCAACCACAGUCACCCAUCGGCGUGUCAGGGUCAACGUCUUUUCAAAAAGCUGCUCCAGCUGACUUCGCAAAAUAUCGAAAUCAAGCUAGUGAGCGAUGUGACGGCUGAUUCAAAGGUAUUAGAAGCCUUGAAAUUAAAGGGCGCCGAGGUGACCUACAUGAACAUGUCCGCCUACAACAAGGGCCGGCUGCAGUCCUCCUUCUGGAUCGUGGACAAGCAGCACGUCUACAUCGGCAGUGCUGGCCUGGACUGGCGUUCUCUGGGACAGAAUUCCCCCAAACUCUUUUGCCCUAAAAACAGAAGCUUUGACAUCGACGCCAUCUACAGCGUGAUAGACGACGCCAAGCAGUACGUGUACAUCGCCGUCAUGGACUACCUGCCCAUCUCCAGCACAAGCACCAAAAGGACGUACUGGCCAGACUUGGACGGGAAAAUAAGAGAAGCGUUAGUUUUGCGAAGCGUUAAAGUUCGACUCCUGAUCAGCUUCUGGAAGGAAACGGAUCCCCUGACGUUUAACUUUAUUUCGUCUCUUAAAGCUAUCUGCACUGAAAUAGCCAACUGCAGCUUGAAAGUUAAGUUUUUUGACCUGGAAAGAGAGAAUGCCUGUGCAACCAAAGAGGAAAUGAAUCUCACCUUUCCUAAAUUAAACCGCAACAAGUACAUGGUGACAGACGGAGCAGCUUACAUCGGAAACUUUGACUGGGUAGGGAACGACUUCACCCAGAAUGCGGGCACGGGCCUCGUCAUCAACCAAGCGGACGCGAGGAAUAACACGAGCAUCAUUAAGCAACUGAAAGAUGUGUUUGAGAGGGACUGGUACUCACCCUACGCCAGGAGCUUACAGCCAACCAAACAGCCGAACUGCUCCAGCCCGUCCAAUCUCAGCCCUCCCUCCCACAAAACUGCCACGUACGACACGUGUGGGAAGGACCCCGCGAGCGUAUAG